UGUCGCUGAGGAAACAGUGAUAAAAUCUUUCCCAUUGAUUUACAAGUCGAUAACAGUCGAGUCGUUGCUGUGGGUUGUUUAUACAGUAUCCUACGUCCGUAAAAUACAGGUUUCAAAAUGAAUUUUAAAGUCCGCGCUGCAAGAAAAGAGGAUUGUAAGGAUAUAUCUAGAAUGAUUAUGGAGUUGGCUGUGUAUGAGAAAAUGCCAGACCAGGUGAAGAUUUCUCAUGAAGAGUUGGAGCGUGAUGGGUUCUCUCCAAACCCCUUCUAUGAAUGCCUGAUCGCAGAAGUGCCAGAUGAACACAAGACCAAAGAUGGGUACACCAUCGUUGGGUACGUCCUUUACUUCUACACCUACAGCACAUGGAAAGGGCGGUCAGUGUACAUGGAGGACCUCUAUGUAAUGCCUGACUUUAGAGGAAAAGGCAUUGGAAAGGGACUGAUGGCCAAAGUAGCUCAGGUAGGGGUGGAGAAGCAGUGUGUGCGGCUGCAGUUAUCUGUCCUAGACUGGAACAAACCAUCACUAGACUUCUACGUUGCCAAGGGUGCCGAGGACCUGACUGCCAAAGAAGGUUGGCACUUCUUACGGUUUGAUGGACAAUCCCUGGACACAUUAGCUAAGGAAGCACCUAAAGAUUAGAGCAUUUUAUAGGCCUUGGUCUAGUUUCUUUCCCGCCAUAACAUCACACAGUGGACAGGUUAAUUUUGCAUUGGUGUGUGGAGAUUUCACUUUUCACUUUAGGACCAAUGGAAGGGUCUAAAAUGAGGAAACUCCGCUCAGCUGGGGCACCGGGCGAUGCAACGCAAACUCUCCCAGUCCUUCUUUAUGUUUUAUAUGCAUUUAAAUAUAGUCAAACAUGAUGACAUUUUUUUUAUAUAUACAGUUGAAGUCGGAGGUUUACACACACCUUAGCCAAAUACAUUUAAACUCAGUUUU